AUGUCUUUCGGAAAGCUGUACGGUGUUCCCACCAACCCCCGCACCAUCCCAGCUCGGGUGGCAGCCAAGGCCAACGAGCUCGACCUUGAGUUCGUCGAGAUUGACGUUGCUCCUGACGCUGCCUUCAAGAACUCUGCCGAAUACCGCAGCCUCAAUGCUCUCGGAAAGAUCCCUACUUUCGUCGGCGCCAACGGCUUCGUCCUGACUGAGGCCAUUGCCAUUGCCAUCUACAUCACCUCCCAAAAUGAGAAGACCACUCUUUUGGGCAAGACCAAGCAAGACUACGCUUCCAUCCUUCGCUGGAUGUCCUAUGCCAACUCCGAGCUCCUCCCCCGCGUCGGUUCUUGGUACCGCCCUCUCCUUGGAUUGGACCCCUACAACAAGAAGAAUGUUGAGGAUGCCGCCAAGACUGCUCUCACCAACUUGGCCGUUCUUGAGAAGCACCUCACUGCCCAGACUUACCUCGUUGGUGAGCGUCUGACCCUUGCCGAUAUCUUUGCUUCCGCCUCCAUCUCCCGCGCCUUUGCCACCGUUCUGGACAAGAAGUUCCGCUCUGAACACCCUGCCAUCGCUCGUUGGUACACUACCGUGAUCAACCAGUCUAUUUACCAGGCUGUUGUUGAGAACCCCGUCCUUGUGGAGGAGGCUGUCAAGUACACUCCCCCCAAGAAGGAAGAGAAGCCUAAGAAGGAAGCCCCCAAGGCUGCUCCUAAGGCCGCUGAGGAGGAGGAAGAUGAACCCAAGCCUGCUCCCAAGCCCAAGCACCCUCUCGAAGCUCUUGGCAAGCCCACUCUCGUCCUCGACGAGUGGAAGCGUCAAUACUCGAACGAGGACACUCGCCCUGUCGCCCUUCCCUGGUUCUGGCAGAACUACAAGCCCGAGGAGUACUCCCUGUGGCUUGUUGACUACAAAUAUAACAAUGAGCUCAAGCUUACCUUCAUGGCUAACAACUUGAUUGGUGGCUUCUUCGCUCGUCUCGAGGCUUCUCGCAAAUACCUCUUCGGUGCUGCUGGUGUUUAUGGACAGAACUACGACUGCCUCAUCCGAGGUGUCUUCUUGGUCCGUGGCCAGGAGGCCAUCCCCGCUUUCGAUGUCGCCCCUGACUGGGAAAGCUAUGAGUUCAAGAAGCUCGACCACACUAGCGAAGAGGACCGUAAGCUGAUUGACGACCUCUGGGCUUGGGACGUCCCUGUCGUCCGUGAAGGCAAGGAGUUUGCCUUUGCUGAUGGCCACGUUUUCAAAUAA